AAACUUUCCAACAUACGGGAAACAGAAAAAGGGUCAGGUUCAGACUCUGAGCGCCAAAAGUGCCCACAUGGAAAAGACGCUAACGCCACCCCUCCCAUUCAGCAUCAAAACCCGCGAAACUUCCAAACAGGGUUCACCAAACACUAACAUACGCACGCCGCAUUGGGCUCCUCCGCUUGAAAACUCCAUGGACGACGUUAGGGUUACCUCUGCCUGGGUCGCUAGCUGCUCCUCUCACGUUGUCGUCGACUCUGCAGGAAUUGAGAAAGUGGUUAACACCAUUGAGUCCAUUCCCAAGGUUGAGUGGGAUUUUGAAGGGAUUCACUAUUUUGAUAAUGGACCACUCACCGUUCAGUACUUGUUCGUGUUGGACGCUUUAAAUUUUUGCUUCUGGCCUGAUAAGGAUUUGAGUUAUGAUCACUUGGCGUCUGGGUUAAAGGCGGCUCUUCAAAACGAUAAAUCUGUGUUCGAUGCCGAUCGUCUGCAAAAGUACACUGGUCCACAGCUACGUGAGCUUUUGAGGUGGCCUCGACCUCUUCCUUUGGAAGAUGAACGUGUUAGGUUACUUCAUGAGGUUGGGAUUGAAUUAGAACGAAAUUUUGAGGGUAAAGCAUCCAAUCUUGUGGAGUGUUGUGGAAAAUCCGCUGUGAGUCUUGUUGCUCUUGUUGCACGCCAUUUUCCUGGUUUUAGAGACCACUCAGUGUACAAAGGCCGCCAGGUGUUUUUAUAUAAAAGAGCUCAGAUAUUUGCUGCAGAUUUAUGGGGUGCAUUUAGGGGCCAAGGAUAUGGCGAGUUUAAAGACAUCAACUCUCUAACUAUAAUGGCGGACUAUAUUGUCCCAGCUGUGCUUCGGCAGUUUGGUGUUUUAAAAUAUAGUUCAACACUUGCCAGUAUUAUUGAGGCCAGUGGAGAAAUAGGUCCCGGGACCGAAGAGGAAGUUGAACUGCGGGCUUGUUCUAUACAUGCAGUGGAGAAAAUGAGAGAGCUAAUAAGUAAAAAAUCAGGAAGACAGUGUGGAGCUGGAUCUUUGGCUCUGGGCUUCUGGUGUUCAGUGCACAUCUCUGCAGCACCACCGAACACUCUCAAUAUAUUAUUGAGCACGUGAUAUAUGGUGACUUCUAGCUACCAACAAGAAAAUUUUGGCUGUUUUAUAUAUGAUAACGUGACUAACUACCUCCUUCUGCACUUAUGUUUGGAAUAAACUUUUGUAAUUUCGGCAGGUGCCUCUAAAGUUAAUUAUGAAUAGCCAUUGUAUUUGGAUUUUAGGACCUUAAAUAGUUUACAGGGUUAACAACUGGGCUCAUGGUGUUUUUACCAUAGCAAUAGGUAAAUAUUUUACCUGGUUAAAUAUAACCGUUGGGAUAGCCAGGGUUGCAACAGCGGUAGGGGCAUUUUUACUAUUCCCGAAAAUUUUCCUUCGCAAGGGCAGCUGGACAACAGAAGGGACAUCAGCUAUCAGCAUACAGCAAUUAGCCAAAGUUUGCAUUUUAGUGUUUAGGUGUAUUAUGUGAUCAUGCCUGAACUUGCAAUGAGUGAUAUCGUAGAUUUUAUCGCUUUU